CAAAAGUAUAGCACGGAAAGCGACCAUGAUUAUGUGCAGUGUGAUUAUUGCGGUCGAAACUUCAGUGAGAACGCAGCAGAAAGGCAUAUUCCAUACUGCAAAGAGCAAAACUCGAGAAGAGGAGUGAGUAGCACUAUCAAACCUUUAACAAGUCACCGCAAGCAAGCUCCAACAAGACAUGAGGAGAGAACUGAGACGACAUAUUCGCGGGCCGAGUCAAGAGGGCGGAAAGACACCAGAAAACAAGACAAUGAUAGUGCUGCUUUUCGAAGGAGCUCUAUUGAAAGCCGCUCUGCAAGUCGGGCGAUGCAAAGCACUAGUCGGAGUAUAACUCAGUCCGCUGGAAUACGACAACCAGAACGUUACAAUAAAACACCAACCAAGAGAAGUAACUCGGCACCUAAAACCCCAGCUUCUCGGCUGAAAACACCCGUCUCUCUGGUAUCUCGAGCCAAGAAAUGA